GUUGGCAGUUGAACUUCGUACGGGAUUUCUUUCCAUCCAGCAGUGAUCGGAGAAGAUGCUGAAUAUCUAAAAAAAAAAGAUUCAAAGUGCUGUGUGAAGUGUGAAGACAAGAAGGGAGGAGUUGCUAAUCAGUUUAGAAAGUGUGCCGUGUUUGUUCUGCUGCUGGAACGACCGAAUUCAACUUCAGCUUCGGAGCGGACUCGCAGGAGGAGUCUUCAACAUGGGCUCACCAGUGCUCAGGUUACUGGCGAUCAUAUCGACGGCCGCGGUCGUAGCCGUCAACGCACAGUUUCUGUCCUUCGACCAGCAUGACACCGGAUGUGCGAUGUACAUCAACGGUCCGGGCAAGUCGUCCGCCUUCGACUACAGCUUGAACCUGUUCCGUGGAACGCUAUCACCGCUGCACACGGAACCGGCCAACACGUGCAUCACGUACGAUGCCAUCAACCAGGCCUACCUGGACGCCCGGAAGCGCAUCCGGGUGUCGCAGCCCAAGGGCGACUGGAAGACGGAGGACAUUGCCACCGUCGGCGAGCUGCUGCUCGACAUUUCGAUCCAGCUGGCCCGAACCUACGGUCUCUCGUACGAGGACAUCGAGAAGGGUCUGCCCUCGAUCGACACGGCCAAGACGCUCAUCCGGGAGGUGUGUCCGGCGUUCCUGUCCGGGGUGGAGUGCCGACCGGGCAAGUACCGUCGCGUGGACGGUCUGUGCAACAAUCUGAAGCACCCGACGUGGGGCGCGGCGAUGACUCCGUUCCAGCGUCUGAUCGGGCCGCUGUACGCGGACGGAAUCAACGCGCCGAGAAUUUCCGUGACUGGCCACGAGCUGCCGCUGAGCCGUGUGGUCUCGCGGACGAUCCAUCCAGACGAGGGUUACCACGAUCAUGCCGGAACUGUAUUUGUGAUCGCGUGGGGACAGUUUAUGGAUCACGAUUUCACGCUGACGGCCACCCCGCUGGACCCGAUCAACCGUAACGAUCCGGAAGAGUGCUGCAAGCGUCCGCCGCAUCUGAAGCAUCCGUACUGUAACGAGAUCCGAGUUCCGGACGACGAUUACUUCUACCGGCUGUUCAACGUCAAGUGUAUCGACUUUGUGCGCGGAUUCCCGUCGCCACGUGCCGGAUGUAGGUUGGGAUCGCGCCAGCAGUUCAACACGCUGACCUCGGUCAUUGAUGGCAACACGAUCUACGGAGUCAACGAGAAGUUCACCCGCAAGCUGCGAACCGGCUACAACGGUCUGCUCCGGAUGAACCCGGUGUUUGCCGAGUACGGACUGAAGGAUCUGCUGCCGCUGAAGCUGGACGUUCCGGACGAGGGUUGCACGCGACCAAACAAGAGCAUGUUCUGCUUCGAAGCCGGCGAGAUCCGAGUGAACGAACAGCUGGUGCUGACCUGCAUGCACACGCUGCUGGCCCGUGAACAUAACCGUAUCGCGACGGAACUUGGCCGCAUCAACCCGCACUGGGACGACGAGACCCUGUUCCAGGAAACUCGCCGCAUCAACAUUGCCAUCAUCCAGCACAUCACCUACAACGAGUUCCUGCCGAUCCUGCUCGGUAAGGAAGUCAUGGAGAAGUUCGGACUCCUCACGCCGAAGGAAGGCUACUGGGACGGCUACGAUGAGACGGUCAACCCGGCCAUCAUCGAUGCUUUCUCCGCUGCCGCCUUCCGCUUCGGUCACUCGCUGCUGCCGACGGCCGUGGAACGGUGGUCCAAGGCCCACAAGUUCAUCGCCUCCAAGCGGCUGUCCGACCUGAUCCGUCGUCCGUACGAUCUGUACCGCGCCGGUGUCUACGACGAGUACCUGAUGGGUCUGAUGAACCAGGUCGCGCAAGCUAUGGACGACUCGAUCACCCAGGAGGUCACGAACCAUCUGUUCAAGAAGGAGGGCUCCCGCUUCGGUAUGGAUCUGGUCUCGUUCAACAUGCAGCGAGGUCGCGAGUUCGGCGUGCCCGGAUACAUGGAGUUCCGCAAGUUCUGCGGACUUCCAACCGCCGAUAACUUCCAGGACCUGUUCGGAUCAAUGCCCAACGAAACCGUGCGACGCUACGAGAGCAUAUUCGAACACCCCUCGGACGUGGAUCUCUGGUCCGGUGGCGUUUCCGAGCGCUCCCUGCCCGGCUCGAUGCUGGGACCGACCUUCGCGUGCAUCAUCGCGACCCAGUUCAGCUACGUGCGGCGCGGCGAUCGCUUCUGGUACGAGCUGCCCAACCAGCCGUCCUCCUUCACGCCCGAGCAGCUGCAGGAGGUGCGCAAGGCCAAGCUGGGCCGCGUCAUCUGCGACAACACCGACCUGAUCGACACCGUCCAGAUCUACCCGAUGGUGCUGCCCGAUCAUGAAAUUAAUCCAAGAGUGCCAUGCAAGAGCGGAAUCCUGCCAUCGAUUGAUUUGACCAAGUGGGCCGAUUACGGUCACGAGUCUCACUCACCUCAUCAAUAUCAAUUCCUCAACGACAUACCUGAGAGCGUAGGCUUCAAAUAAGGCGCCCGCUUCACAAAACACCGUCCAGAGCCUGCUGCGACUUCUGUCACCAUAAAAUCGUUAAACCGGUAGUGAAAGAACCGUAAAACCCUUAAAAUAUGCGUGUAGAAGUAGCCGAAAAACUGAAGAAGAAAGCAAACGGGACAAAAACCAUUUCAGAGAUUAUAAGUUAGAUAAAUCACAUUUUACAUUUUUAAGCCAAUCUAAACGUUCUAUUCAGAGUCUGUCUUCUUUUCUCUUCUCUGCCCCUCCUCCUAAAGCUCAAGUCUAGCUCUUAAAACUGUCAUUUUACGACUAUUGUUUCUCAUUGUAUUAUACACAUUCUUUCGUUUUUUUCCUCCAACACCCCCUGAAUGGUAUUUAAGCAAAUAUUUAACCCCUCAUUCAUCCUCAUGUUAGAGAAAACAAAAAAAAAACGCAACCUCAAAUUGCACUGCCAAACCGUCAACUGUCAAAAAAGAGUGUCCGAUCCCUUGUUAUUGCAUUUUUAUUGUUUUUUGUUAUAUAUUUGGAAUACCUUUUUGAAAAGAAAGACACUCAAACCCCCUCUCCCCCGUUUCCUUUUAGUCAUUAAGUAAUACCAUUCUUUUUUGUUUAAUUUUAUUAUUUUGUUUUUUAGAAGAAAAAGAAACAAACAAAAAGCGCUAAGUUUUAGAAAAGAGAAGCACGCGAGAGAAAGCGAAAAAAGUGAGCAUUUAUCUAGAGAGUCCCACACACGUGCUAUUACACAAAAACAAACAUCCCAACUAUUUCCCACACACACAAACACUCCUCAUUCUCCAGAUUGCCAUUAAUUUUAAAAAAAAGAUAGAGGAAAGUAAAUCGCAGAGAAAUGUCAACGAAAUUAUGAAGUUUCUUCAGUCGAAUGCAAGAUUAAAAUCCGUUCUUUCGAAAAUAAAUCAAGUUAAAUCAAUCCAAGCAACACGGUUAGCAUCCAUGCAGCAUGCCAUGACAUCUUAAUUUUGAAUUAUAUUAAAUGAAUUUUGAUUUUUGUAAAAUUUUAACCUGCAUUCGAUUGAAGAUUGUUUUACAUUUUAUCAUUAGAAGAAUUUUGUUUUAACCCUUAGCUACUAUCACCUCUACAAUUUUGGGGAGUUGUAAAUGCCCUCAAGCCUGAAUACAGCCAUUCUAUCAAGUGUUUUUGUGUAAUAUUUAUGUACAUAAUAAAACUGUUAAGUAAU